AGACGAAAGAGGAGUACGAGGAAACGGACGAGGAGACGAAAGAAGAGGACGAGGAGACGAAAGAGGAGGACGAGGAGACGAAAGAGGAGGAUGAGGAGACGGCACGACAAGUACACUCCGAACAGCGUAGUAAACAAUCGUCUGAUCCAGCUAAACACUUUCACAUGGACAGAGGAGCGUCUAAAUUGAAUACUGACAAAUUCUCCAACAGUGAAGACCAAAGCAAGGCCUCUGUCUCUGCUGCUGAGGAUGAGAAGCGGGCCUGUAGCACCGAGGACAAUGUAGAAACCAAGAUGGAGGAUAAUGUGGAAAUAGGACCAGAUUACGUGAAGACUGGUAUGGAGUCAUCAUUCCAGCCCAACAACCCAGUGGGAACGGAAUUCAUUCAACCUGUCAUGGGCUACUUCUGCAACCUGUGUCAAGCCAUUUAUGUCAAUGAGGACGAAGCAAAGUACCAACACUGCAGCAGCCUCUGUCACUAUCUGAAGUUUAUGGAACAUUCAGGCGGCCUGGGCCGUGACAUUCUAUGUAAUACCAACUGGGACUAUGGCGCUGCCAUGCUAAAAACAUGCUUUUGGGCACAAGAGUCAUCUAUCUGUGUUAGAGUCCUCUAUAUAGCUCUAUGGGCGCGGCGUCUGUCUCCAUGGUAAACAAACAUGGCGGUGUCUGGAAAACAUACAAUUUUGUCCUCCACACCGCUGCAGGUCCUGUUCUACCUCAACGGCUGGUAUUUUGCUGCCUACUUCCUUGCUGAGGGUCUGAUGUUUGUUUACAAAGGAUUGUUGUUACCAUACCCACCAGCUAGUCUCACGUUGGACGUUGGGCUACUUCUUAUUUUCCUUGGCCUGGAGUCCCUCCGAAUAUUUUACGGUUGGAAGGGGAACUUAACAGAGCGUUCUCUGGCCAUGUUAGUGAGUGUGCUGGUCCUGGUGCCGUGCACAGUGCUGUCUGUGUACUACCUGAUGCUGCAGACCUUCGUCCUGCGCCUGGAGUUCAUCCUUAAUGCUGUGUUACUCUGCUUCUACAGUCUGGAGAUGCUGCUGGGUAUCAUGUCCAUAUCUGCAUUCUCCAGGUCAAAGGUGUACUAAGGAAGAGGAAUGCUGCAAUGUUCCACAUCGCUUCAAGAGGAAUGAAAAAAUGAUUUUUACUGGGAUUGUUCUGUGAACAUAUUUUAAUCCCACAUGAUAUUGUUUGUGUUUUUAUAUGAUCUGCUCAUUUAUAUUUUUGUAAUGAUGAAAUGUCACCUUUUUUAAUUCUUUUUUGUGUCAACUGUCAAUCUUGUGUUUUACUAGUAACACUAAUGGAAUUGUCAAUGAGGGUAUUCAAUCUGCUGUACUUGAUAAUGGAAUAUAUUUGUAUGUUUUUUUGUGGGAGGGGGGAUUCAGAACACUGUAUUUAACGAUUUACUUAAUUAAAACAAAUCCUUAUUCAUUCACCAGAUAACUUUUUUCCACAAGCUUAAUAUAUAUUUCUGAUUUGCUGAAUCCCACCAGCAGCCUAUGGUUAAACUCAGAUCCUAAUUCCAUAGAACAGGGCUAUUGACCAAAUCUGUGUUGUUGAGCAUUCUAAGCAAAGAUGUGAAAUGAUGGGCAGUU